AUGCCCGCACCGGCCGCGCGGGGGCAGAGUGAGCGCAGGCGGGCAGGCGCCCCCGCAAAGCGCGACCCCAAAGCGCCCCCGAAAAGCGCGGCCCCUGCAAAGCGCAGCCCCGAAAAGCGCUCACCCGAAAAGCGCAGCCCCCCCAAAGCGCGCCCCCCAAAGCGGCCACCCCCACCCGGAAAGCGCCCCCACUACAAAGCGCGCCCCCCAGAUGGCACCCCCCCAAAGCGCGUCCUCCCAAAGCACGCCCCCCGCAAAGCGCGGCCCCGCAAAACGCGCCCCCUGCAAAGCGCACCCCCGCAAAGCGCGCCCCCUCCCGCAAAGGGAGGCCUCCGCAAAACGCGUCCCCUGCAAAGCGCGUCCCUACAAAACGCCCCCCCGCACACCACGCCGCCUGCAAAGCGCAGCCCCGCAAAGCGCGCCCUCCUCUCCCGCAAAGCGCAGCCCCGCAAAACGCGCCCCUACAAAGCGCCCCCCUGCAUACCACGCCCCCUGCAAAGCGCAACCCCCCAAGUCGCGCCCCCUCAAAGCGCAGCCCCGCAAAGCGCGCUCUCCCCCUUCCACCUCCCCCCCCCCCCCCUCCGCAAAGCGCGCCCGGGAGCGCUUGCAGGGCCGGCGGCGGGGCGGGGUGGGUGUGGCCGCCGGAGCGGAGGGCGGCGGGCGGGGGCCUGUGUCCGCGGCGGGGCGGCCGCGGGGAGCCGGGAGCGCGAAUCCCGCCUGGGCGAGGACAGACCCAGCUUUUCCCGAGACAAAGGAGGGUGUGCGGCUGCCUGCGACGGGACCGCGAGGCCAGGCUGGGCGAGCCGGGGUCCCCCCGCCACCCCGGUCACGGGUCCGCGGCCGGGGAACCUAACGGGCAGCGUGGUUUGGCCACUUGGGGGACCGGCAGGGAUGGAGCCGCCCCCCGCAGUCUGGGGUGCUGGGGGGAAGGUUGAUUUGCAGCGCGGGGGGGCGUCCUGCGAGCAGCGCCCCCAGGGGGCGGGGGUUAGCGCCACCCUCGGCCUGCGGCGCCCUCGGAGCUGCAAUCGGAGCUGCUGCGCGACUGUUUGCCCCGGGUCAGCCCCUUAG